ACAGACAGACAGACAGACAGACAGAGAGACAGACAGAGACCGAGAGAGAGAGAGAAAUUCGAGUCGAGGUCCUUCAGUUCACGUCGAGCGGGCGGAGUGGCAGGAGGACCCGCCUUGUCUUCCUUUAAAGCUUAUUUUACGGCAAUUCACAGCUGAAGUUGCUGAAUAGCAGCAACAGCUGUUAAUAGACAACUCCUUUUUCACUCUCAGAGCAGUCAUCUCCUUCUCUGGUAUAGGUUACUCCUGUACCUGUUAAGGGGGUUCCUGCUCUAAGUGUGAACUGUCAGCGUGAUACCACUUACUGCUGAACAGAAUAAAGAGGAGGAGGAACAAGCAAGCAUUUUGAAGCCUCUGAUAUUUCCAGUGGCAGUGCUGGUGUGAAUAUGGUAGCUCCAUAUGAAAUUGGUGACCCAGUGCGAUCAUUUGUACGAGUUCCAGGAAGUGGAUCUGAUAAGGCAGCGAAGUCACUAUGCUGUGAUCUUGCCAGGGUAUCAUCAGCGGCUGCAGCAGUCUCUGUGCGGCCAGUCACUGCAGCUACCACUCGGCAAAGCUCAGCAGAAGGAGGUGAUAGGGAACAGGAUGCAGUAGUGAAAAAGGAAGAGGUGCAAGUCAAGGUUGAAAAGGAUGAAGUAGCAGCAGAUUCACAGCAGUCAGCUGCUGAGCAGAGAAGAGAAGUGAAAUGCAAGAAGCGCCAUGCAGAGGAUUCAGAAAUAAUGGUGCAUGCCAAAAGAAGCUGUGUAUCAGGUGAAGAGACAUCUGAAGUAUCACCUGAUUCCUCUAAAGGCACAAACACCAGUAAAGGAGAAGAAAGGUCUGCAGUUCAUGAAAAGCUAGAGAUUUUGGAAAAGCACUGUAUUGAACUAAAACGGCAAAAUCAUCAGCUGCAGCAGAGAUUGUCUUUAUUCUGCAAACUUUUUAAGGAUCCAAAGAAGCUUGCAUUUGCAUUAAAGCGAAUGGAAACUCAAGCCAACUAAUAUUUUAUCUAAUGUAGUUACUCAUCUGCCAAGAGAAACUGAACAUGAAGGUUUAACCCAUUGGCUCCGGGCACAUGCACUGUUACCUUAAUUCUGUUUCCAUAUAGACGGCUUCAUAAGUGCUUAGUCACCAAAGAGUCAAUUCCUAGGCUAACCUGAUCUCACCUGUUUCACUCAUUCCUUAAAUUGUUGAGAAAAAAGUUUUUACUUUUAUUACUGUUUUGUUAUUAAUGUUAUUAUUGCCGAUAAUACGAUUAUAAUGUUAAUAACAAAGAUACCCAGUAUAAAAUUAGAAAUUUUCUUUGUCAAAAAUUUGAGGAAAGGGAAUAAAGAGAUAGGGUCAAGUGGGCCCAAUUAUUGCCUCUCUCCUGACUAAGCACUUCUGGAGCCAUCCAGUUGUAAACAAAAUUUGUAAAAUAACCAGCGGACAGUGCAAGUGAUUUCCCGGUAGUAGUGGGUUAAUCCAAUUGCCAGUUACAAAUAGCCAUUUUUAUGAUAAGAAUGUGAUUCAUCGUACAAGUGGCAAGGAGCCAGUUCCAUGAAUACACUUUAUGUAUAUUCACCCUCAUUCUGGCAAGGAGCCAAUUUCAUGAAUACACUUUAUGUAUAUUCAACCUCAUUGUGGCAAGGAGCCAAUUUCAUGAAUACACUUUAUGUAUAUUCACCCUCAUCUGUGGCAAGGAGCCAGUUCCAUGAAUACACUUUAUGUAUAUUCACCCUCAUUGUGGCAAGGAGCCAAUUUCAUGAAUACACUUUAUGUAUAUUCAACCUCAUUGUGGCAAGGAGCCAAUUUCAUGAAUACACUUUAUGUAUAUUCACCCUCAUUGUGGCAAGGAGCCAAUUUCAUGAAUACACUUUAUGUAUAUUCACCCUCAUUGUGGCAAGGAGCCAAUUUCAUGAAUACACUUUAUGUAUAUUCACCCUCAUUGUGGCAAGGAGCCAAUUUCAUGAAUACACUUUAUGUAUAUUCACCCUCAUUGUGGCAAGGAGCCAAUUUCAUGAAUACACUUUAUGUAUAUUCAACCUCAUUGUGGCAAGGAGCCAAUUUCAUGAAUACACUUUAUGUAUAUUCACCCUCAUUGUGGCAAUGAGCCAGUUCCAUGAAUACACUUUAUGUAUAUUCACCCUCAUUGUGGCAAGGAGCCAGUUCCAUGAAUACACUUUAUGUAUAUUCACCCUCAUUGUGGCAAGGAGCCAAUUUCAUGAAUACACUUUAUGUAUAUUCACCCUCAUUGUGGCAAGGAGCCAAUUUCAUGAAUACACUUUAUGUAUAUUCACCCUCAUUGUGGCAGAGAGCCAAUUUCAUGAAUACACUUUAUGUAUAUUCACCCUCAUUGUGGCAAGGAGCCAGUUCCAUGAAUACACUUUAUGUAUAUUCACCCUCAUUGUGGCAAGGAGCCAGUUCCAUGAAUACACUUUAUGUAGAUUCACCCUCAUUGUGGCAAGGAGCCAAUUUCAUGAAUACACUUUAUGUAUAUUCACCCUCAUUGUGGCAAGGAGCCAGUUCCAUGAAUACACUUUAUGUAGAUUCACCCUCAUUGUGGCAAGGAGCCAAUUUCAUGAAUACACUUUAUGUAUAUUCACCCUCAUUGUGGCAAGGAGCCAAUUUCAUGAAUACACUUUAUGUAUAUUCACCCUCAUUGUGGCAAGGAGCCAAUUUCAUGAAUACACUUUAUGUAUAUUCACCCUCACUGUGGCAAGGAGCCAGUUCCAUGAAUACACUUUAUGUAUAUUCACCCUCAUUGUGGCAAGGAGCCAGUUCCAUGAAUACACUUUAUGUAUAUUCACCCUCAUUGUGGCAAGGAGCCAAUUUCAUGAAUACACUUUAUGUAUAUUCACCCUCAUUGUGGCAAGGAGCCAAUUUCAUGAAUACACUUUAUGUAUAUUCACCCUCAUUGUGGCAAGGAGCCAAUUUCAUGAAUACACUUUAUGUAUAUUCACCCUCAUUGUGGCAAGGAGCCAAUUUCAUGAAUACACUUUAUGUAUAUUCACCCUCAUUGUGGCAAAGAGCCAAUUUCAUGAAUACACUUUAUGUAUAUUCACCCUCAUUGUGGCAAGGAGCCAAUUUCAUGAAUACACUUUAUGUAUAUUCACCCUCAUUGUGGCAAGGAGCCAGUUCCAUGAAUACACUUUAUGUAUAUUCAACCUCAUUGUGGCAAGGAGCCAAUUUCAUGAAUACACUUUAUGUAUAUUCACCCUCAUUGUGGCAAGGAGCCAAUUUCAUGAAUACACUUUAUGUAUAUUCACCCUCAUUGUGGCAAGGAGCCAGUUCCAUGAAUACACUUUAUGUAUAUUCAACUUUAUCAUGUCAAAGAAGCAGUUUUGUAAGCUGAUGUACUCAUCCAGGUAGCAAAGGGCCAGUUUUGUAUGAAGAGAAGUUAACCACCUGAAAAUCUGAUGAACCAUUAGCCUGUGUAUGUUCAAAAUAGCUAUCAAGGAGCCGAUUUCCUAUAAACAAAUUUGAAAGUUUGUUCACCUUUCAGCUAGCAUUGUCAUAAUGUGUACAAAAUCCUUCUCACAAGAGGCUAAUCCUUUGUGACAAAUCAUAAGUUGGUGGUGUGACUGCUUCAGUAAGUAGAGUUUACAAAAGUUAAUAUGUCCAUGUACAGGGAUUGACUAAUAUCAAGGGAAAAUGUCUUUCAUUCAUCUUUCCCUUGUUAAGGAGCUCAUUUAUCUGUUUAUAUAAUUUUGUUGUUUAAGAGCAUUGUGACAGGAGUUAACUUUACCUGAGCAACUAAAAUGCUUGUUCAACUUCUGAUGAUAAAGAGCUGGUGUUAAUGAAUUUGCCUAAUGUUUCAAAUAGUUGCAGCAAAGGCAAAAUUUUAUGUACACAUAUUAAAAGGUCAAACAAAUUCCAGAUGGCAAGUAACCAGUUUCUUGAACACUGUUCAAAACUGCUUUGGCAAGUUUUACUUCAUUUUAUUAUUAUUAUUUUUUUUUCUAUUAAGAAAAAGGGCUUGUUACUCUGAUGAAUACAUUCAGAAAAUGAUAAAACAUUUGCCCUAAUCUAUCUAUAUGUUUUCUAUUAUAUGUUUUGUAAUUGGAUUAUGUAGAUGAAGUACAUUGACAUUAUAUAAUUCUAGAAAAAAAAUUGUUUCAUUAAUUUAUGACAUUAACUAUUUUAUAACUUAAAAUAUAUUUUGUUAUUGAGAUGAAUUUCCCAGAGAAAUUUUGUCCUAUUGUCAUGUAAUUUAUUUACAUUUCAAAAUAAUUUCUCAAAUUUUUAUUUUAGGCUUAACCUGUAUUCUCUAAAACAAAUUUUUGCUGCUAAGAAAUGAUGGAAGGCUACAGAUUUUUAGGUUUGAUGGACUAAAAGACUUUCGUCAAGUGUUCUUUAUUUUUGAGGUACGGAAAACAAUCAGGUGUUUCGAAAAAGAUUCCUGACUCUUUUUAUAUGUGGUAACAAAUCGGAUAUUUUAUAAACCGAAGAUUUUCGAAUAGUGUAUGUGUAUGAAAGUAGAAAUUCAGGAUUCAAAUAUUUUUACCCUUAUCUUUGUUGAUUUGGCAGGGUCAUAUACACUUCCUGCACUUUGGUUACCCUGCUUUGGCAUUGUACAAGCAACAGUAUAUUGUACCUGCACUUUGGUUACCCUGCUUUGGCAUUGUACAAGCAACAGUAUAUUGUAACUACUCAGAUCUUUGGAAUGGUAUAUAGCUACAGUGUAGUUGUCUUUUUUGACAGUUACGGCCUAGGCAACACCUCACACCUGACUGGAAUUGAAUAGGUGGUAAACAUUUAUUGAGUUGCCAGAUGUAUUCCUCUUUCUCAGUUAUUUUUAUAAAACAGCUAGCUGUCAACCCUGGCCAUCCCCAUUACAUGACGGCAGUGGGCUUCGCUUGUUGCCUGUCAGGCCUCUGAUCACGAGACAGGUUUUAGGCGUUGUGUGAUGUCUCGUGACACCCAAAACCUGCCCUGUGAUUGGAGGCCAGAUAGGCCGCAUGCUCCACCCACUGCUGUGAUGUAAUGGAAAUGGCUGCAGGUGAUGCCUAGCUGUUUUACUGUAUCCCCCCCCCCCCCCCCCAUCAGAAAGGAUAGCUCAAAGUCCACAGUCAUUAGAGUUUGAAUUAAUCUCGUUUGACUUGUUGUUCAUGGAUUGUUGUUUCCUUUUGUCAGGCUUAUUUAUUUUGACUCGGUGGUUGUGGAUUUUCCUACUGUGGCUGUUCUAUAUUCAAUAGUUUUAAAUGUUAUUGCAACAAAUUAUUUUGAUUUAUUGGUACACUGUUGUAGUGUUGUAAUUUCACUCAACCAGAGAUCUUAUUUUUCCUUGUGCAGUUAUAAAUGCAUCAUGUUAGUAUGAAUGGAGUGAUAUUGCAGAACAGUGGUCUUUUAAACUGAAUCACUUUGAAGUUAAUAUCAGUAAAAGUAAAAUGGCCACAAAGUGAAGGGUAAUGCUAAAUCCGUGAUUGAAGGGUUAAAAAAAAAUUAGAUUUGCCAAUUUCAAUUUUUACUUUUUAAAGAGAACAGAUGAAUUUGAAAUGUAUGUAUAAUUAUAGUUGGAGUCAAUCCAGGCUUCUGUGCACCUUGCCUCACAGAUAUAUAAUGUAGAUUAUCACCCAUGAUUGGCUUUUUGACAUUAGCCGACUACUAUCCUGGAGUCUGCGAGACAAACUAUAUCACCUCCUCCAAGAUAUAUCAACAUGCCAGAUAGAUCAACAUGCCAUUCAUGGUGUUCGUUUUCACAUGUGGGAUGAAGUAUUUAGAUGUCUGGACUAAGGAUUGACCCCAGCAGUUGGUCACAAGUAUAUUGUCAUAGAUUUAUGUCCUUUCAUAUUUUUUGUUAUUGCCAAUUGUUUUGUUGCUACAUAGAUGUGAACUUUUAGUCCAUUCCUACAAAUACAAGUUCAGGAAUGUGCAGUUUAAACAUUUGUUAUAUGUAGAUCACACUAGUAAACCUAACUAAUAGUUUGCUGUGCUUUUGAAUUGAAAAGAGGGUAUGGAAUAAAGCAUUUUUACAAAAGUCCACUAUUAACUUGUAUUUGGAAGGAGGGGAAACCAUAUUGGCUGUCAUUCCUAUUGUGAGGAUUUACACUGUUAAAUGUUAAAGAUUUAAAUUUAAAAAAUACAAAUUAUUUGAAGUGAACUUGUGUAAAGUACUAUGCAUAAGUGCCAACACAGUUUGCCUAAGGCUUGCUGCAUAAUGCCUGAAAAGAUGCUUGUUCAGCACAGUGCCUGGACAUGAGUAUUAUUUUCAGUCAUUGUACAAUAAGUCUCUUCAUAGACAUUAUGUUCAAGCAUCGUGUGUAGGCAUCUUUGCAUAAUUGUGCAAAUUUCCAGAAAAUUAAUUUCUAGAAGCAAACGUCAUUCAGGAAAGUUUACACUUUGUCUGGGUGACAGAUUGUUCUCAGCAGUGAAUUAUCAGAACGACUAGUGAUAGUUUCAAAGUUCAAUUUAAUAUUUUUCUAUAAUAAGUGGAAUUGUAGAGCCAUUAAUUAUGUUAGCAGAUAACCACGCUAUAUAUGGUUUCUCAAGUUUUCUCAUACUUUAUAUAACAGUUGAAUAAUCUCUAGGGUGUGUUGGUAGAAUAUACUAAUAUUUUUAGUGUUGUCUAUCUCAGGUUUUUAGAAACAGGGAGCAUUUUUGUGUACAUUUCUUCAUGUAACUUGUGUCUCUUGUAGAUGAACUUAGAUGUUAUUGUUAAAAUCUUAAUUGAAAAUUUUCUUCAUACUUUGUGAUUCAGAUCUGUUUUAUGAUUUAGUGGAAUCAUGAAUAACUGGCUAUACAUGAAACCUAUAUAUGUACUACUAUCUACAGAAAAAAAAACAAAAACAAAAAAAAGCAGCUGAUGUUGGUUGGGGUUGUGUCGAGGUGUCAGGUGAUCUGCAAGAAGAGUGGCUAACUAUAGUUCUUUGCUAUUCUUUCCGUAUAACACACGAGACCUCUGUCUGACCUAACCUGUCUCUACCUAUGUUGACCUAGUGUAUGGAAGGAGAGUAGGUUAGGUCAGGUUGAAGUCUUUGGCACUACACAGGAAGAGUUGCUAGCAUAAUGCUUGGUCACCCUUCCCCUGAUGUGUCUAUGUGACCCAGCCUAUCUCCAUACACUUAAGAAAAACCUGAGAUGGGAGUAGAUUGACAAUACUUUAUCAUUAUUUUGGUCUGAUGGCUUUUAUACUUUUAAGAAUAUUUAUUUUACAGAAUAUUUAUGACUUGUCUGCAUAAUCCAGUAUACUACAGGUUUUGUAUUCUAAAUAUAACGUAUAAAUUAUCUGCUGUUAACACCUGUCCUAAGCAGCAGUCUAUUGAAAGUAGUAAAAUUAUUCUUUACCUGGAAGUAAUCUGCAGUCUUUCAUGUAGCAGACAGUCAUGAAUAUUGUGCAAGGUAUUAAAUUUAGUUGCUUAUGUUAUUGCAAUCAUGUAUUACUCAUGAAUUAAAUAAACUUUUAACUGUAAAA